CAACCACAGCUGAGUGAUCAUCCCAGUCACCAUGAACGUAUCCGGGAGCGCUCCCUUCGGGAACGACUAUAUCCCGCACCCUCAUCUUCACCCUCACCCGCGGCUUCACACGGCCGACAUCGGGAUCUUCAAAUCGACCAUCCUCCCCUCCUUCACUCUCCACACGACUCUCGACAUCGCUGCUUUUAUUGCAUCCAAGGCCACUGACCGCGCCGAAAUUAAAGACUGGUGCUGGCCUUCUAGCCAAGUCAUCAACGCCUGGUGGAGCGCCAUUGGUCACCAAGUCUACUACCACAACAUCUCCCCGCAAACUGCCUGGUCGACUCUCUCUUGGACUGAAAAGGUACUCUUGACUUGUGUUACGGUCUGGGGUACUCGGCUCUUUACUCGCAUCGCUUCACGGACUAUCACCCGCGGCAAGGAUGACCCGCGCUACGACCAGCUGAAGAAGGAAGAUCCCAAUGGAUUCUGGACCUCGGCUCUCUUGAAGCAGUAUCUCCCUGAGGCGGCUUUCCUCACCCUGAUCGCCCUGCCCUUUACCGUGCCGUUCCGGCUGACUUCGUCGACAUUGUCGCUGGACGGUGAUGUCCAGUCUGCCGUGCGCGCACUUGGUGUCGCGCUCUUCGGUGCUGGAUUCGCAUUGGAAGUCAUGGCCGAUGCGCAGCUGGAGUUGCACCGUCAGGAACGGACCGAUCUGUGCAAGCACGGCGUGUGGAGUAUCGUCAGACACCCUAACUACCUCGGCGACACCCUCGUGCACAUCUCCUUCGCCGUCCUCAACGUCGCCAACAACUUCAACCCGAUCGUCCUUCUCGGUCCCCUAACCAACUACUUCUUCCUCCGCUUCGUCGGCGGCGACCGCCAGACCGAAGCCAGCCAGGAGACGCGGUACCGCACCGAGGACCUGCACAAGUACGAGCAGCUGCAAAGCUGGCGGCGCGAGAAGAACAGCUUCUGGCCCGGUUUCACGGAGGUAGUGAACCCCUGGACCUGGGUGGUGCUUGGCGCGGGUGUGCUGGGUGUGGUCGUAGAGGAGGGUAUUCGGGGAUGGCUUACUCAAUAAUUUAAUUCUCUCAGUCAGUUAGGUAUAUGUAUGAACUAUUUAUGAAUGAAUAAUACCAAAAGUCAUAUAUAUGAAGUCAUCCAACCCCAUAAGCAAUGAGGUCAAUAUCCCUUCCCUCUCUUAAACCCAUUCAACAAUUCCUCCCCCCUCUCCAACCUCCCCACAUUCUCCCUCAUAAUAUCCAACGACCGCGGAAUAUAUUCCCUCCCCGCCGAACUGACAUGCGGACUGAUCUGCACAUUCGGCGCCUCCCACAACGGACUAUUCUCCGGCAAGGGUUCCGGAUCCGCCACAUCCAGCGCCGCUCCACCCAGCACUCCCCCUUUCAGCGCUUCAAUCAAUGCAUCCUGAUCAAGGACCUUCCCCCGAGAGAUAUUCGUAAGGUACGGACGUGGCCGUUCCGCAGAUACACCACGACUCAGGAUCUCGAAUUCCUCAGUCCCAAGCAUACGGGUUGUUUGCGGUGUCAGCGGCAACGCGAUCACGAGGUGAUCUAGUCCCAGUGAUAGGAAUUCGUGGAUAGAGGCCUUGUCCGUUCCAUGGUGCCAGGAUACAGGGAUCGUGCCGUCGCGGUCGCCGGU